ACGACAUGAAAUAAUCUGGACCGUGGAACAGGCGAACGAAUUUCAAUUACAGCGAUGGAGGACGUGUCAGAUCUCGUGGCAAGGUGGGACGCGUUGGGCAGUCGUGACCCGAGUUCCCGAGAGGCGGCUAUGGAAGUCAUUAGCCAGGAGGUGUUGAGGCGCGCUGAGGGGAUCGGACCCCUAUCUCCUGGCGCCGCGACGUGCACCAGCCAAGCAGCCGACCUGAACGACAUGCUGGCCCGCAUCCUCAUGCUCGCCAAGCGCUGUCCCUUCGGCGAUGUCCGGGAGAAGUGUGCCUGGAUACUCCAGAAUGUCCAGGACAUGGGCGUGCGGAUUCCAAGACCGCUGGGGAACGGACCAAGCAGAUUUAUCCCAGAGAAGGAGAUACUCCAGGUCAGCAAAGUGGACGAGAGGAUGGAGUCGAUAUUUGAGGACGCGUUUGCCACGCUCGGUCGUCUAGACAACAUCUCCCUGGUGAUGGGUUUCCACCCGCAGUACCUGGAAAGCUUCCUGCGGACACAGCACUACCUGCUCCAGAUGGACGGUCCACUCUCACUGCCCUACCGCCACUACAUCGGCAUCAUGGCGGCGGCGCGGCACCAGUGCUCGUACCUGGUGAACCUGCACGUGAACGACUUCCUGCAGGUGGGUGGGGAGCCGAAGUGGCUCAAGGGGCUGGACAUGGCUCCGCACAAGCUGCAGAUGCUAGGCGAGAUCAACAAGAUCCUGGCCCACCGGCCCUGGCUGCUCACCAAAGAACACAUCGAGAACCUGCUGAAGGCGGAGGAGCACAGCUGGUCGCUGGCCGAGCUGAUCCACGCGGUGGUGCUGCUGACCCACUACCACUCGCUGGCCAGCUUCACCUUCGGCUGCGGCAUCAGCCCCGAGAUCCACACGGACGGAGGACACACCUUCAGACCGCCCUCGCUCAGCGGCUACUGUGUCUGCGACAUCGCCAACGGCAACGGCGUGGCAGAGGACAUGGAUCGCAACCACCAGGCGACGGAGGGCGGCGAGGUGGAGGUGCUGAUGGAGCGCAUGAAGCAGCUGCAGGAGUGUCGCGACGAGGAGGAGGCCAGCCAGGAGGAGAUGGUCAUGCGCUUCGAGCGAGAGAAGACCGAGAGCAUGCUUGUGGCCACUGCAGAGGACGAGGAGAACGUGCCCUCCAGAGAUGUGUCACGCCACUUUGAAGAUCCCAGCUACGGCUACAAAGACUUCUCCAGGAGAGGAGAGCACGUCCCCACCUUCAGAGUGCAGGACUACAGCUGGGAGGACCACGGCUACUCCCUGGUGAACCGGCUGUACCCAGACGUGGGUCAGCUGCUGGACGAGAAGUUCCAGAUGGCCUACAACCUGACCUACAACACCAUGGCAACGCACCAGGGCGUCGACACCUCCAUGCUCCGGAGAGCCAUAUGGAACUACAUUCACUGCAUGUUCGGAAUCCGAUAUGAUGACUAUGACUACGGGGAGAUCAACGAGCUUCUGGACCGAAGCUUCAAGGUCUAUAUCAAGACCAUGGUCUGCUGCCCCGAGAAGACUACAAAGAGAAUGUACGAGAGCUUCUGGAGGCAAUUCCAGCAUUCUGAAAAAGUACAUGUAAAUUUGCUUCUUAUGGAAGCGCGCAUGCAGGCUGAGCUGCUGUAUGCUCUGAGAGCAAUCACCCGCUAUAUGACAUGAAGUGCUUUUUUUUUUUUUUUUUUUUGUCAUUUUCCUCUUCCUAUUUUUACUUUCAUCAUUGUUGCUAUUGUUGGGACACUUAUAAAAUUAAAAAAGAAUCAAAACGACAACAAAAAAAAACAGAAAAUUUGAAGAGCGAGAGAAUGUGAAAGGAACGAAGUGAUCCGUUGGACAUAGCACCUCCAUCACUUUCAUGAUGGAUGAUGGAGUGAACUGGACGGGAAAGGAAAAUGAAUGAAUGAAUGAACUCAAAGAAGAAGGAAAAAAAACUUCAUCCA